GAUUAGCGAAGCUGUCUCACUAAACGCGCAAUAGCAAGUUGUGUAACUUCUUCACCGAAAAAUCUCCGAAUAAAUAGAGCCAUGCUAAAUUACAAAUAUUACGACUCGCCCGAAGGGCAGGACAUUUUCAAAAAAGUGUUUGUGACAUCCAAAUAUGCUACUAUGUCCGGGCUCGGUCUGGGCGUAUUCGACGUCCUCAUGUUUUCGCAUCCCAAGGGUUUUGCGGGUACUGUGGGUCGCCUGGCGUACUACGUCGGUCCCGCAGUUGGUAUGGCCGCAGCGUUCACUGUCACUGCCAAUGUCGCUCAGAAUUUCAGGGGGAAGAACGAUAAGAUCAACUAUUUCUUGGGAGGAGUAGCGGCUGGCUCUGUGUUUGGAGCUUGGCAGAGAUCGAUCACUAUCGGAGUGCCCGCGGCGGUGCUGCUCGGAGUAGCGGCGGUCAUAAAGAAGACUGGCGUGGAAGAAGGCUGGACAUUCUUCCCAGACAACAGCACUGCCCACCAGAAUGCUAUCUCAGCCAGAAAUGACUUCACAAUGGCUAAAGAUGUCCUUGAAUACAAGACCUGGUCCACUGGUCAUUAAAUAGAAGAACUCAUUGGUGUAGUGUAAAUAUGAACAGCUUGUAAUUAAUUUAAGUAAAAUAAAAGAAGA